UAAGCCGUCAGUCCGCUCCGCCGCGGACUAUUCACGCAGCAUCGAUCGUUCGACCCACACUUUGUACAUGUGUAUUCGCGUACACGCGUGCACACGCUCGCGAACAAACACACACACGCACGCAUUGCCGAAAACGAGCGUGUGUCCUCGCGAACGCGUCCCAUCGUAAUUGUGAUCUUGUGUUCGUCUCGAGUGUGACUAUUUUAUGUGGGGAACACUUUGUGAUCGUCAACUUGAUAAAUAGCCGCAGUCAGUGAACUCUGUUCGGAGUGAGGACUUCGAAUCAGAUCUCCGGUUGGUGGAAAAAGUUUUUCGUGGGAUAUCUGCUCCUGGAUUAUCGAGGUCGGCGGAAACGGUGCAGUGAUCGAACUUUUACUUUGGAACGCGACUUUUUACUUGCAACAAGUUAAGAGAAAUGGCGUCAGCAGCGGCGGAACUGGUUGCCGAGAGGGAGCCCGAGCUAAGGAUCGAGAUGGCGGACACGAAUCGAACGUUCGUAGGUGCUCAAGGACUGGUCCGGAUGGCCCUGGAUCAGUACACGGAAAUCCUCACAACAGUUUCAGACCCUCGUGUCAACGAUUGGCCAUUGAUGGACUCGCCUAUACCCACCUUCUUGAUCGUCGUCUUGUAUCUGUACGGGGUGACGAUAUUCGGACCGCGAGUGAUGGCUAACCGGAAACCGUUCAAACUGAGGGAAGCUCUGCUUGCCUAUAAUGCGUUUCAGGUGGUCUUCUCGCUUGGAAUGAUGUACGAGCACCUGAUGUCCGGCUGGCUGUUGGAUUACAGCUACAAGUGUCAACCCGUGGACUACUCUCAUAACCCGUCCGCAUUGCGAAUGGCCAAUCUGUGUUGGUGGUACUUCAUCAGCAAAUUCACGGAAUUCGCUGACACGAUAUUCUUCAUUCUGCGCAAGAAAGACAGUCAGGUGACGUUCUUGCAUUUGUACCACCACUCGUUGACGCCUCUGGAGACGUGGAUCUGCGUAAAAUUUAUCGCUGGAGGACAUGGUACACUUGGAAACCUUAUAAACAACGCUGUACACGUGAUAAUGUACUUGUACUACAUGGUGUCCGCUAUGGGACCCGAGUACCAGAAGUAUCUGUGGUGGAAGAAACACCUGACCACUGUGCAACUGCUGCAGUUCUUCCUGGUGUUCGUGCACAGUGCCCAGGCCUUGAUCUUCGAUUGCGGAUAUCCGAAGCUGGUCGCAGCUCUUCUUCUUCUUCACUCGACCAUCUUCUUCGUCCUCUUCUCCGACUUCUACCGGCGGGCGUAUAACACGAGCACAACGAAGAAACAACUGAAGGGCGAAUAAAGGAAGCAACAUUAACGAACACCGUGCCGAAUUUGAUAUAAUACUCGAAGUGAAAUAUUUGGGAUGUUUUUCAGAAUGGGUCAUUAGUCUUUCAGAAUUUGAUCGGAUUUUGAGGGGUAGUGAUAAUGGGUGCUGGUGAGCACUCAUGUUUUGAAAAACAGCCUUUUCUUCCGUUAGGGAGAGUUUCACUCGUUAUAUCUAGUACAGCUGUCGUUCGAUAAUUUCUCGUUUACAGGGCUGUAAAGAAACAAAAUAUUCCAAAGUGGACUUUUUUGAAAAGUAGAGAAUUGAGGGUUUGAAGUUUUGAAGUUUUCAAAGAUUUGAAAUUUUCAUACGAGUUAAAUGUGACAGUCUCGGUAUUUCCUUGCGCUGAGGGCUCCAAAGGUGAACGAUUUACAAAGAGUCAAAAAGUACAAAUGAAGUGUUUCUAAUUAAAAUUUUAUGUAAAAGAAAAAUGUCGAGAUACUAAACAUUCACUGUCAUGUGAAGAAUGUUAAUCAGGAAAUAUGGAAUUAUCGAACGGUUGCUGUAUCAAUCAGAACAUCUCAGGUCUCGCGAACAGCUCGGACCAGGGCUUCCGAAGCACUCGACUUUUCAAAUUCGAAACAGUAAUUUUAAUAAUAAAUAUGCUUUCAAGUAUUUGACCUUUCUCGUAAUUAAAUAAGUUCAACCCUUAAGUAAAUACAGUUUCUCUUUGCUUUUUGGCUCGGUUUGUCUGACCGCGAGAAAGUGCAUCGAAACCCCAGUAUCGACGUAGCUUCGUACAUCGAUCGGUCCUUGGUGUCGUUAAUUUAAUUACUUCUUUCGUAUUCUAGAUGCUUGUGCAUCGCCAGGUCUGUAAUUAAGGUUACUGUAAAUAUAGGGGUAGUAUUAGCAUGUUGGAAUAAUAACACCCAACGGAUCUAUUUAAAAUAUCGCGAGUUUCGAAAGGAUUGCGCGUUUCUUAUCGAAAAAAUACGGUAGACUCUCGUUAUGUAGCGAUGCCACAUAAAAUCAUAAAAUCCACAAAAACUGUUACAAAAUGUUACAAUAUAUUGUACAACUGUUACAAUAUUAUAAUAGAAUUUAAUUUUAUUGAGCGCUAUAAAAAAAUUUGCCUUAUUCAAAGAAUUUCUACCGCUACCCUCCAUAGCAAUAUAACCAAAGUCUACUGAAAAAAAGGAAGAAGGUUAUAAAAAACAAAUAUUUCACCAAUAAGAAAUCGCGCAAUCUAUGGAUGAGUUGUUAGCCGAGGUGGCUCUCGCGAACGUCCAAGCUCAAUCUUUUCUUGUAUCUACAAUAAUUUAUACGGUUCUUAAUGUAUUGUUGAAAGUACUUAAGCGAUGAGUCGUAAAUAGGUGACAUUCGCGUUGCUGCACCCCAAGUCACUGACACGACAGAUAUUGAAAAUGAAUUCAGAAGAAUUCAACAUGAAAGAAAUACCCUUUUGCUAAAAUUAAUUUGUACGAUACUUCAAUUCAGGAUUGCGAAUUUUAUUUACUAAACAACCCCCGCAGUCCGCGCUAAAGAUGCCAAAAGUCAGUCUUCUACUCUGAAACUUCUAUACAGAAUUGCUAUGAUAACAAUAGUGACAAUGUCAGCAUAAAGUGCAGAAACGUAAAUAGACGACAAAGUCACGCACACGUGUACAUACACACACACAUACACACACUGCAUACGAUUUCAAAAGUACGAAAUUCCUCUCAUUUGAAGGAAUAGCUGAUGAAGUCAGUUAGCCGAAAGCUUUGCUUUGUCGUACGUGAACUGUUUGAGGAAAGCGUCACAAGGUCUUGUCUCUCCCGCUGCCGACUCCGCAAUGCGGUAAACGUUCGAUGGCCACGCGAAUGUGUUUGACGAUAAGCGAAGGGAGAGACAAGUCGCUUCUCGCUGAACAUCUUCAAAGACCGAGUACAACGUAGGCUUCCUUCGGUUAGGGCGGGGGGUGAAAACCACCCUCCUGGUAAAGAUUAACCUCGAACCACCUGUCACGUAAUAGACACUCUUUUAACUAAAGGAAGUCUACGCUGCGUACAACUUAAAUAACACUUACUCGGUUGGUCGUGACACGACGAAUUGUUAACCAUAAGGAGCAGUCACUCGUAGACACGUGAGCUUCCAGCUAAAAGCUGGCAGAGCAUAGACACUUUCUACCUUAUCGAUUCUCUGGAUACACCCUAUCUCAGAGGGAUGAACAGGGAUGCUCAUUUAGGGGAGAGACUGCUCCGAUUAGCGAUACGUUUAUUUUGUUAGGAGUUUAUUUCGUUGGACCUGAUCCCAUGAUUGUAAUUUAUUAAACAAGCGACGAAACCCUCUUGUAAAUAUGUAAUUCCUUAUAUUUCUUUCUGCUUUUGUAAUGACAAAUAAUAAAUACUAUUAAGUUACACGUAUGUUCAGGAACCUGUCUUUUGAUUGUGUUUGAAAUAAUAAAGCUUUAUGAGAGAAAUACCCUGGAGCUCUGAUAGAAAA